AUGGGUUCGAAAAGAAGAUUUUCUAAUAGCUCUCACGCCGACCCAGUUGAAUCAUCAAUUCCAGAACAUGCUGCUGAAAUAGCUGAAGAACUAUCUAAGAAACAUCCUCCUCCAUCUGAAGAACCAUUAGUUCAUCACGAUGCAGGUGAAUUUAAAGGAUUAGUACGUCAUCAGACUUCUGCAGCACAAGCUGAAAAAUUAGAAGCCAGUACAAUUAACCCAUUUACUGGUAGGGAUUUUACUCCUAAGUAUUUUGACAUUUUAAAAAUCAGAAGAGAAUUACCAGUUCAUGCUCAGCGUGCUGAGUUUUUAAAAAUUUACCAAGAGAACCAAAUUAUGGUAUUUGUUGGUGAAACUGGUUCAGGUAAGACAACUCAAAUUCCACAGUUCGUUUUAUUUGAUGAAAUGCCUCAUUUAGAAAAUACCCAAAUUGCCUGUACUCAGCCUCGUCGUGUUGCUGCAAUGUCUGUUGCUCAAAGAGUUGCUGAAGAAAUGGAUGUUAAAUUAGGUGAAGAGGUAGGUUAUUCGAUUAGAUUUGAGAAUAAAACAUCUAACAAGACUAUUUUGAAAUAUAUGACUGAUGGUAUGCUUCUAAGAGAAGCCAUGGAAGAUCAUGAUUUAACUCGUUAUUCCUGUAUCAUUUUAGAUGAAGCACAUGAACGUACCUUAGCAACCGAUAUAUUAAUGGGUUUAUUAAAACAAGUUGUCCAAAGAAGACCAGACUUAAAAAUUAUUGUAAUGUCUGCUACUUUAGAUGCUGAAAAGUUCCAACGCUACUUUAAUAAUGCUCCAUUGUUAGCUGUUCCAGGUAGAACAUUCCCAGUUGAAAUUUAUUAUACCCCAGAAUUCCAAAGAGAUUAUUUGGAUUCAGCUAUUCGUACAGUUCUACAAAUUCACGCCACUGAGGAGAAGGGAGAUAUUCUUUUAUUCUUAACCGGUGAAGAUGAAAUCGAGGAUGCUGUUAGAAAAAUAUCAUUAGAAGGUGAUCAGUUAGUUAGAGAGGAAGGGUGUGGUCCAUUAGCGGUUUAUCCAUUAUACGGUUCCUUGCCACCUCAUCAACAACAACGUAUCUUUGAACCUGCCCCGGAAUCUCAUAAUGGUAGACCAGGGAGAAAGGUUGUAAUUUCUACCAACAUUGCCGAAACUUCUUUGACUAUUGAUGGUAUAGUUUAUGUUGUUGAUCCAGGUUUCUCCAAACAAAAGGUAUAUAACCCAAGAAUUAGAGUUGAAUCACUGCUAGUCUCACCAAUUUCAAAGGCUUCAUCUCAACAAAGAGCUGGCCGUGCUGGUCGUACUAGACCAGGUAAAUGUUUCCGGUUAUAUACAGAGGAAGCAUUUCAAAGAGAAUUAAUUGAACAAAGUUAUCCUGAAAUUUUACGUUCUAACUUAUCAUCAACCGUUUUGGAAUUGAAAAAAUUAGGGAUUGAUGAUUUAGUGCAUUUCGAUUUUAUGGAUCCUCCAGCUCCUGAAACUAUGAUGAGAGCAUUAGAAGAAUUAAACUACCUUGCUUGUUUGAAUGAUGAAGGGAAUUUGACUGCCUUAGGUAGAUUAGCCUCUCAGUUUCCAUUGGAUCCAAUGCUAGCAGUUAUGCUGAUUGGUUCCUCAGAAUUCCAUUGUUCCCAAGAUAUUUUAACUAUAGUAGCCAUGCUUUCGGUUCCAAGUGUUUUUAUUCGACCAGCCAAGAGUAAGAAGUAUGCUGAUGAUGCCAAGAAUAUCUUUGCGCAUCAAGAUGGUGAUCAUAUUACAUUAUUGAAUGUGUACCAUGCUUUCAAAUCUGAUGAAGCUUAUUCAUAUGGUAUUCACAAAUGGUGCCGUGAUCAUUUCUUAAACUACAGAUCUCUAUCUGCAGCCGAUAAUAUCCGUACUCAAUUAGAGAGACUGAUGACACGUUACAACUUAGAACUGAAUACCACCGACUAUGAAAGUCCAAAAUAUUUCGAAAAUAUAAGAAAAGCUUUAGCAUCUGGAUUCUUCAUGCAAGCUGCCAAAAAGAGAUCUGGUGGUAAAGGUUAUAUCACAGCUAAAGAUAACCAAGACGUUUUAAUUCAUCCAAGCACAGUUUUAGGCCACGAUGCCGAGUGGGUGAUAUACAAUGAAUUUGUCUUGACUUCCAAGAAUUAUAUAAGGACAGUAACUUCUGUUAGACCAGAAUGGUUAUUAGAACUAGCACCAGCAUACUUUUACUUGGAUAACUUCCAAAAAGGUGAUGUCAAAUUAUCACUAGAAAGAAUCCAAGAAAAAAUGGACAGACUAAAGGAGCUAAAAGAAAGCAAGAAUGAAAGAAGCAAAAAAAAAUAA